UUGGUUUCCUGCGUUGAAUUGUGAUUUCUGAACAAAUCAAUUGGGUUAUUUACUAGAAUAGGCACAAUGCAUGACUGAAUUUAUUAGGAUAGAGUAUUUGUUUGUAUAUUUUUCAUUAGGAAUAUAUUGUAGUGACAAUAAGCCUUUGAGCAUGGUUUGUGAACGGGUUAAAUUGGUUGACUCAGUUUUUGUAAUAGGUACUUAAUUUUGGACAGGUUAGUUGUAAAUUGUUUGUCUCAUUCUUUGUAAUAGGUAUUUCGUUUUGGACUGUCAAAUUGUAAAUUAUUUGUCUCAGGUCUUGCUGAAUAUUUUAUAAGUAGUAUUAUUACAAGAAAAAUGGUGUCUGGAUGUUCAAGCACUUCAUUAGUGGCAUCUCCUAAAAAACAAUCAAUAAAGGAAGUAACAGAAAAGUCUCCAAUGACAUCGGCAUCUCCUCCAACUCAAGCAAUAGAAGAAGCAGUUAGCAAGUCUCCAAAAAAAUCAUCUUCUCUUCCAAUACAUGCAAGAGAAGAGACAAAUGAAAAGUAUUCAUUGAAACCGUCACCGCUAUUGUCUAAGGUGAAAUCUUUAGACAUACCAUCACUAAGACCGAUAUUGAUGGAGAAUGAACAUUUUACAAGUCGUGUAUCUGUAGCCUACAGGAUACAAGUGUUGAGGAAUAUAUGAUCACUACUUUGUUAUGAAGAUUUGGAAGCAUUCACAGCUUCUUGUUUUGGUCAUCUUCUUAAACUAAUCGAUCUAGCGAAGAGUAGUGGGCAGUUGAUACAUUUUCUUUUACAGAGGCGGGUACAAACUAAUAAAGA